AUGCAAGGCAUAUGCGAUAGCAAUGCGAGAUUUGAAGACGUUUUUACAGGCACCCCCAGCAAGAUCCCCGAUGCCAGAGUCCUUAGGCUGUCAACAGUGAACGAGGAUCUGCCAACAAUCUGCCAAAUCAACCAGUACCACAUUCUUGGAGAUGCUGCCUAUCCAAUACGGGAACACCUUCUUACACCAUACAAAGAUUUUGGUGCCAUGACAGAUGCGCAGAUUGUGUACAACCACCGUCACUCUUCGACGCGUGUCGUGAUCGAGAACGCAUUCGGCCGCCUCAAACAGAGGUUCCGCCAACUGCGGUACAUUGAAUUCCAAACUGUGGACAAGAUAACGCAAUUCAUCAUUGCUUGCUGUACACUGCACAAUAUUUGCCUUGACGUUGGGGAUUUAAAUGUUGACGACAUCCUAACUGAUGACGACCUGCAGGAAAGACAACAAGAGAUCGCUCAGCAUCGCAUUCUCCGAGAGGAAGAAUGCAAGGAAGCAAGCCAGUCCAUACCGACACAGAGAGAGUCAGCCCUGCGGCGCCUUGGUGAACUGAAGCGGAGCAACCUGGCACAGCGUUUAUAA